GGGGGCGGAGUAGGCGCGCCGGCCGCAGUCCCAGGGAGCCGCCCAGCCCGGAAACCAGCACCUGAGAGCGGCGGCGGGCGGCAGAGCGGGCGGCAUGAGCCAGUUAACGUCGGUUUUCCGGCGGAGCAUUCGGCGGCUGACCUGGCAUGGACGGCAGCCCCAGCGCCCCAGACCCACAGGUAUCGAAAGGAGCGUCUCUGAGAGAGAAGCAAAGCCGGAGAAAGAUUUGUCCCGUUAUUCCGGUCAGUUGUUCUUCGAAUACCUGGUGGUUGUUUCACUGAAGAAAUCUGGAGAAGUGUACGAGCCACAGAUUGCUUACCAGUUUCCGAAGAGGGAGAAUCUUGUACGUUCUCAGAAGGAGGAAGAGGAGAAUUUACUCAAGGCAAUCCCACUGUUUUGCUUCCCCGACGGCAAUACCUGGGCCCCGCUCACCGAGUAUGAGAGUGAAACCUUCUCCUUUGUCCUGACCAACGUGGACGGCAGCAGGAAGUUUGGGUAUUGCAGACGCUUCCUGCCUCGUGGUGGAGGGGUUCAGUUGCCGGAGGUUUUCUGCAUCAUCAGCUGCCUGGGCUGUUUUAGCCUCUUUUCCAAGAUCCUGGAUGAGGUGGAGAAGCGAAGGCAGAUCUGCAUGGCUGUGAUCUACCCUUUCAUGCAGGGGCUUCGGGAAGCUGCAUUCCCAGCCCCGGGGAAAACAGUUUGUGUGAAGAGCUUCAUCCCGGGAUCGGGGACAGAGAACAUCGAACUGACGCGGCCCUCUGAUUCUCGCCUCGAACACGUGGACUUUGCCUCGCUGUUCAAAUAUUUAUCGGAGGAGCACAUCAUCGAUAUCUUUGCGUCAAUGCUGCUGGAGAGGAGAGUGAUAUUCCUAGCCGAGGAACUCAGCACCCUGUCUCAAUGUAUCCACGGUGUGGCGGCUCUGCUCUACCCCUUCACCUGGCAGCACACCUACAUCCCCGUCCUGCCCAAAGUGAUGCUCGACAUCGUCUGCUCCCCCACGCCCUUCAUCGUGGGAGUGCAGAGGCAGUUCCUGGAGGAGCUACAGGAUAUGCCCAUCGAGGAGGGUUUAAUUGUGGAUCUUCACACUGGAGAGUUCUUGAAAAAAAUUGGAGAUGAGAAAGACCUUCUGCCUAAAAAACUGUACAAGGAACUGUUGAACACCCUGCAGAACCAAAGAAAGACCUGCCAGUCGAGUGAAGAAUUGAAUGAUUUGGUGACAAACACCUUCGUCCUUUUCUUUGUUAAAAUUGUCGGCCAUUAUUCCGCGCACAUCAAGCGAAACAGGGAGCACAUGGUCUUCCAGGAGAAGGAGUUCCGGAAAUCCAUCACAUCCAAAUCGAUACGGAGUUUUCUCAAAUGCUUCAUGGUGACCCAGAUGUUUUCAUUAUUUAUUGAGGAGCUCGAAAGACAUCCUCUCCCUGAGGAAGGGUUUUUUGAACGGAAGAUAAAAGAAUACAACGAAAGCAGAAAGAAGGUGAAAUAACAGAGCAGACAACAUCCCGUGGACCAUCUGAGGGUAGUCUCCAACCUCUGCCUGUAAAAGAAAGACCACGUCCCGCAACACCGUCAGAAUAACCUCUUGGCGUUCAAACAAGAAAGCAGGGCCUCAAAAGUUGACUUGUAAAUAUUAGUGCUUGAAUUUAACUGGGAAUAUUUUUGGGAAGGACUCCGUGAAGAAAAGAGGAUGUGAUAUGGGGAGGACUGGCAGUGAUGCUUGCUUACUGUACUCUGAACUCUUUGUGGAACUGGAAUUACCGACGGCUGAGCAAAGACUACGCCUGAUGCCGGAUUGGCCCUGUGUGUUCCUGGUCCGUGUACCAGGCCUAUGUCAAUCCCGGCACCUUUGGACAUACCCAGCAAGUGAAUGAGUUAGUCACAUAAAGCAGGUGAGAGUAUCACAACUCUCCCAAUUACACAGCAAUGUAUAAAAAUGGCCCUUAUUAAAAUCUGACAAUGUGCACUUUAACCACAUGUGAUUUAUUUCUACGCCAAAUCUCAAAUUGUUGAGUAGAGGCAAAUAAAUAAAUUAUGGGUCUUUGUCCCAAACAUUGUGGAGGGCAUUGUACUCAGCAGCACAGACUACACAAAUGGAUUAAAAAUUAUUCUUUAAUUUAAUUUAUUUAAUUAACAUUUCAUUUUCGCACCCAUUUAGUGUAAUGAAAUUGGGUGAACUAUUUUUAAGCAAGCACCUGCAUUUUGAUGUGUCCGAUGUGGGAAAGGGUGGUAUUUCAAUGCAAAUCUUUCUCGAGCUGCCGAAUGUAGGUGGGAAUUGGAGCAUGAGCCGGAAUGCCUGGAACCUGAAACCAGGGCUGGUUUAAUGGAAGUCCCGUGGUUUUGAUGCUGCCAAAGCCUUUCAGUGAUACUUCCUGGACUUCCAACAAUGCUGUGAGUUUUAUGCUAAAUCGAGAUUAUAUUAAAUGUACUUAUUUUUCAGAUAAUGUGAAUUUUUUUGUUAAUUUAGAAAUUGUGAUGAUACACUGGCCUGUACAUAUUGUAAAGAAAAUUACAGAUGGAAAUUUGAAAUAAAUGGCUUGAUUCAAACAUC